GUCGUAAUGUUAUCGAAUAAGUCCUGCCAUGAUUACACGAAGUAUCUUAUGGAAGCCAGCUCAUUAAUUAAUCUUCAUGAUGAUUUCGAAUAUCCAGACCACACCUCAUACCUAUGUGACUCGGUGGCGUUGAGAUGAGUGAUUGUUCAACAUGCUACGGUAAACUUGACACUGACACAAGUAGUAGCGAUCGUGCUGAAUAUUUCGCAGUCUAGGCAAAUAUCCAAUUGCAUGUAUUGACUAUGAGAGAAAGACAUCAUUAAGUAACCAAUACUCAUUUUUGUCCAGUCAGUUGCAACUGCGUACUUUCUUCAGUGGCAGAUCGAGUACCUUCAAGCUCGUACACACCAAUGGUUGACGCACUAGUAGUUUCCAAUCAGGAAAUCUUCGCGAAAUACUCAGCGCCCGCUCCCUGGUGUUAUUUAUUUACCAUCUUCAGCACACUUUCCUGUCUUUUGAUCAAAAUCGAACAAAUCAGAAUACACAUAUCGCACAGUAACAAAGCCAAGAUGCUAAAACUAAGACAGAUGCAACAAAAGAAGAAAGAGCAAAUGGAGGGCCAGACCAGCUCAACAACAAAGAUAACACCAGCACAGCUUCGCAUUCAAAAAGACCUAGCAGAGAUUCAACUACCAAAGACCAUUCAGCUGAAAUGUGUGGAUGAUACAAAUAUGAACUUGGAGGUUGUCAUAUCACCUGACGAGGGGUUUUAUCAACACGGUAGAUUCAAAUUCAGCAUACAAAUAGGACAGAAUUUCCCUAUAGAGGCGCCAAAAGUGAAGUGUCUACAAAGAAUCUUCCACCCAAACAUUGACCUUGAAGGUAACAUCUGUCUCAACAUCCUUCGAGAGGACUGGUCGCCGGUUCUCAACUUGAACUCGAUACUAGUGGGACUGCUGUUCCUAUUCCUCGAGCCAAACCCUACAGAUCCUUUGAAUAAGCAGAGUGCUAGUGUCCUCAUGAAGGACAAGGGAUUAUUUGCGAGACAGGUGAGAUCCAGCAUGAACGGUGGUGUUGUUGGUGAUGUGAGAUACGAUUACGUUCUAUAAACAUUCUUGUAAUUUUACAGGCCAAUCUACAAUUCGUAAAACUUUUGAAAAUCCCGC